CGAGACAGCGUCCAGAAGCAGAAAGUAAUAUUGAGUUACAAGCAUCUUUACUGGAAAGAACGAAGCGAGGUGCUAAGUAAGGCAGGCCUCGCCAAUUCCAUUUGA